AUGUCCUACAACGACGAUUCCAGCUACGGGUCUAGCGGCCGGCAGCAGGGUGGAAAUAGCUUCGGAGGCGACGAUAGCUAUGGCUCGUCUGGACGAGGUAGCGGUGGAAAUAACUUCGGAGGCGACGAUAGCUAUGGCUCCUCCAACCGCACUGGCGGCUCGGAUUCGUAUGGAUCUAGCACCGGAGGGGUAGGGUCUGAUUCGUAUGGGUCGUCCCGGCAGACGGGAGCGAGCACUGGGGGCCGAGGCUCCGAUUCGUAUGGAUCUUCCUCGGGCAACGACGACAGCUAUGGCUCCAGUGGCCGAACUGGUGCCAGUGACCAGUACGGGUCAUCCGGGCGCACCGGAGCCAGCUCUGGGGGCCUAGGCUCUGAUUCAUAUGGGUCUUCCUCGGGCAACGACGACAGCUAUGGCUCCAGUGGCCGGACUGGUGGCUCGGAUUCAUAUGGGUCAUCCGGGCGCACCGGAGCCAGCUCUGGGGGCCUAGGCUCUGAUUCGUAUGGGUCUUCCUCGGCCAACGACGACAGCUAUGGCUCCUCCAACCGCACUGGUGGCUCGGACUCGUAUGGGUCGUCCGGGAACACCUAUGGAUCGUCGGGCAACAACAACAGCUCCUCCAACCGCACUGGUGGCUCGGAUUCCUAUGGGUCGUCCGGGAACACCUAUGGAUCGUCGGGUAACACCUAUGGAUCGUCGGACAACAAUAACAGCUCGUCGGGGGGCGACAGCAAGGUCGGCAAGUUCCUCGAGAAGGCCGGCCAGGUGCUCGGCAGCGACAACCUUCAGAGCAAGGGCCGGGACAGGCGGGACCAGGCCGGCGACGACUACUAA